AUGCUUUCAUCGCCCACUGGUUCUGGAUAUACUCGCCGUAGAACUUUAUUAUCAUCACCACCACGAACUGAUCAUUUCGAACCUCCUUUGAUGAAUAAUGAUUCAUUUUCAUCGAAUACAAGAUUUGCAUCAUCGUUGGCAACUGGUUUGGAUCGAUUUUUAAAUCAACGGAUAGCACCACUUGAUCGAUCAUCUCCUCGUGAUAAUCCAGGAAAUUUUCCACAACAACAGCAACAACAACAACAACAACCAUUAUUUGAUACAAAUCCACAGUUUCUUGUUCAACAAUUAGAAUCACUUGAUCGUCAACGACAAUUUCUUCCGUAUCCAAUUGAAUCUGAUCGAUUUCGUGAACCCUCUCCACCAUCAUCAAUAAAAACUGAUAGUUCUGUUUUCAAUGUCGAAGGUCUUUCAUCACCACGUUGGAAUUGUGAUAGAUUGUUUAAUUUUCUUUGUAUUUAUGGAAAUGUUUUACGUGUUAAGUUUUUAAAAUCAAAACAAGGUGGAGCUAUGGUACAAAUGAGUCGUUGUGAAAGUCUUCAACAACAUUUAAAAAGUCUUAAUUCAACAUUUAUUUUUGGUCAAACAUUUAUUAUUGUUUCUUCACGUCAAAGUGAAAUACAACCAUUAAAUCGACCAUUUCCAUUAGAAAAUGGUGAUGCAUCGUAUAUGGAAUAUGAUACUAGUCGUAAUAAUCGAUAUUUAACAAGUGAUCAAGCAGUUAAAAACCGUCCUGUUGCACCAUCACAUGUUUUAUAUUAUUUUAAUACACCUCCACAUAUGGCUGAAAUUGAUAUUGUUCGAUUAUUUGAAGAUUUAGGUGCAAAACGACCAAUUAAAGUGAAAAAUUUUUUAACACGAAAAGAUGCAGCUACUACACAUGAUCGACGAGGAAAUACUCAACCUAAAGGUGUUACAGGUUUAGCUGAAUUUCGAACAAUCACAGAUGCAUGUGAAUGUUUAAUAUUGGCAAAUAAUUAUCCAAUACCUCAUCAAUCAUCAUCAUGGCCAUUCUUUUUCAAAUUGACAUUUUCAGGAACACCAAUAUCCGAUAGUGAUGCAUUAUGUGGCGAAGAUAUGGAUACAAGUUUAGCGACAGUAACUAUUGAAAGUGGACGGCAUUAUCAUCGUCAAAAAGCUGCAACUGAUGAUAAUCGAAAUAAAACAUUCCCAGGUGAACAUCGUCGACGUCGUCAUAGUAGCCCAUCACCAUAG